CAAAGUGGGUAUAGAAAUCCCCCGGGUUAAGCACCGGUUUGAUUCAGCCACCGGUUUAAUUUCCCCCUUUUCAUUUUGACGACAAGCAUUCCGUUUCACAUUUCUCUCUCCCUCUCUCUAUAAAUACUAGCUCUGUUCUCUGUGCACCGGCAGCUCCGUCGACUGUCCGUCCGAUCCAGAUCAUCAAAGGAGAAAUGAGCGGUCACGAUUCAAAAUACUUCUCCACUACGAAGAAAGGAGAAAUCCCUGAGCUCAAAGAAGAACUCAAUUCUCAGUACAAGGACAAGAGAAAAGAUGCUGUCAAAAAGGUGAUUGCUGCUAUGACAGUUGGGAAAGAUGUUUCUUCACUCUUCACAGAUGUUGUUAAUUGCAUGCAAACAGAGAACUUGGAGUUAAAGAAGCUUGUAUACCUGUAUCUUAUCAAUUAUGCUAAAAGUCAACCUGAUCUUGCUAUACUUGCCGUAAAUACAUUUGUGAAGGAUUCGCAGGAUCCAAAUCCUUUAAUUCGUGCUUUGGCUGUACGGACUAUGGGCUGCAUUCGUGUUGAUAAGAUCACCGAGUAUUUAUGUGAUCCCCUUCAACGUUGCCUUAAGGAUGAUGAUCCUUAUGUUCGUAAGACAGCAGCUAUCUGUGUUGCUAAGCUCUAUGACAUAAAUGCCGAGCUUGUGGAAGAUAGGGGUUUUCUGGACGCUCUCAAGGACUUGAUAUCUGACAAUAAUCCUAUGGUUGUUGCAAAUGCUGUUGCUGCUCUUGCAGAAAUUCAAGAAAGCAGUAGCAGACCCAUCUUUGAGAUCACCAGCCAUACACUUUCAAAGCUUCUAACUGCUCUGAAUGAAUGCACUGAAUGGGGUCAAGUAUUUAUACUGGAUGCCCUUUCCAAGUACAAAGCAGCUGAUGCUCGCGAAGCUGAAAACAUAGUGGAGCGAGUCACUCCACGAUUACAACAUGCAAAUUGCGCUGUUGUUCUUUCAGCUGUCAAGGUUGGAUUGUUUCCUUCUUUCUCACAAACUUACUUUUUUCUAAAAAUAUGCUCAAGCAUGAUUAGCUUUGACAUAAUUAGACAUUUUGCUAAUACUCAUUUUCUGAUGUUGCAGAUGAUACUCCAACAGAUGGAACUCAUCACCAGCACUGAUGUAGUUCGGAACCUUUGUAAGAAGAUGGCUCCUCCUCUUGUAACAUUGCUUUCAGCAGAGCCUGAAAUUCAAUAUGUUGCUUUAAGGAACAUAAACCUCAUUGUACAAAAGCGUCCGACAAUCCUUGCACACGAAAUCAAGGUAUUCUUUUGCAAGUAUAAUGAUCCUAUAUAUGUGAAAAUGGAGAAGUUAGAAAUCAUGAUAAAACUUGCUUCAGACAGAAACAUAGACCAGGUGCUACUGGAAUUCAAAGAAUAUGCUACGGAAGUGGACGUUGACUUUGUCAGAAAAGCUGUCCGUGCUAUUGGCCGCUGUGCCAUCAAAUUAGAGAGGGCUGCUGAGCGCUGUAUCAGUGUCCUGCUUGAAUUGAUUAAGAUAAAAGUAAAUUAUGUUGUUCAAGAAGCUAUUAUAGUAAUCAAGGACAUUUUCAGAAGAUAUCCUAACACCUAUGAGUCUAUAAUUGCUACUCUCUGUGAGAGUUUGGACACACUGGAUGAGCCAGAGGCAAAGGCAUCAAUGAUCUGGAUUAUCGGUGAGUAUGCUGAAAGAAUUGAUAAUGCAGAUGAGCUCCUUGAAAGCUUUUUAGAGAGUUUCCCCGAGGAACCUCCCCAAGUGCAAUUGCAGUUGCUGACAGCAACAGUGAAACUCUUCCUCAAGAAGCCGACUGAAGGACCACAACAAAUGAUCCAGGUGGUCUUAAAUAAUGCCACUGUGGAGACUGACAAUCCAGACUUGCGAGAUCGUGCAUACAUUUAUUGGCGUCUUCUCUCAACCGAUCCUGAGGCAGCUAAAGAUGUUGUGCUAGCUGAAAAGCCCGUGAUUAGUGAUGAUUCGAACCAACUUGAUCCUUCUCUUCUUGACGAACUUCUUUCCAAUAUUGCCACUUUAUCCUCUGUCUAUCAUAAGCCUCCAGAAGCAUUUAUCACUCGUGUGAAAACCACUCAGAAAACUGAGGAUGAAGAGUAUGCCGAUGCAGGUGAACAGGGUUAUUCUGAUUCUCCUGCUGGUGUAGCAGAAAGUGGUGUGUCACCGCCAGCUAGUACAGCUAUUGCUCAGCAUCCUGCAGCAAGGCAACCAGCUACACCUGCAGCUCCUGCACUGCCUGAUUUACUUGACCUUGGCAUGGAUAACAGCAAUAGUGCUAUUGUGUCAGCUGAUCAGCCUGCAGCCCCUGCCGGCCCUCCUUUACCUGUCGUAUUGCCGGCCUCUAGUGGGCAAGGUUUACAAAUCAGUGCCCAACUGGUGCGGAGAGACGGGCAGGUAUUUUACAGCAUGAUGUUUGAGAACAAUUCACAGGUUCCUCUUGAUGGUUUCAUGAUUCAGUUUAAUAAGAAUACAUUUGGUCUUGCUGCCGGUGGACAACUCCAAGUUCCUCAACUGCUACCUGGGACAUCUGCAAGCACUCUCUUACCGAUGGUUUUAUUCCAGAACAUUUCUCCUGGCCCUCCAAAUACCCUUUUACAGGUUGCAGUUAAAAAUAAUCAACAGCCAGUGUGGUAUUUCAACGAUAAAAUCUAUUUCCACGUACUUUUCACGGAGGAUGGGAGGAUGGAGCGUUCCACUUUUCUAGAGACUUGGAAGUCACUACCUGAUUCAAAUGAGGUAUCAAGGGACUUCCCAUCAUCUGUUAUCAAUGGUGUUGAAACAACCCUUGAUAGGCUAGCUUCAUCAAACAUGUUCUUUAUUGCUAAGCGCAAACAUGCCAACCAGGAGGUGUUGUAUCUUUCUGCCAAGAUUCCUCAAGGAAUUCCUUUCUUGAUCGAACUAACAACAGUUAUUGGAACCCCUGGUGUCAAGUGUGCCAUCAAGACUCCAAGUCCUGAAAUGGCUCCUCUCUUCUUUGAAGCUGUCGAGACUUUGCUUAAGAGUUGAUAGCAUGUUUUUCCCCUCCCUUAAAUUUAUGUCCCCUGUGAUUUUGUAUUUCGCGCUCUUUUAUUGGGACAUGAUCUUAUUUUUGUUCUGAUUAAUAGCUCGAGAGUUUCCAGGUUGAACUGUUAAUUCAUGCUUCAUCCUAUGUUCAGGCGCUUGUUAUUAUAAUUUUCUUUAUUGCACGAGUCUUUCAGUCUUUUCAGCUGUAUGGAAUGUGUAUCUUACAAAUUUUCUUUUUGUAGUCUCUUAUAUUUGUUGACAUUGAGGAUUAUCAAUUCAUUUGUGAACCGUUCGCAAAUCAA